CUCUUGCUUAAAACGCACACAAAAUAUCUAAUGCUUCAGUCAUAUUCAACACUUGCCUUUCACUUUCAGCUCAAAAAGACAUAAAUGUAUGGCAUGAAACCAAUGCAUUUUCUGUUCAAAAUCUGUCAUUAACAACCCAAUUUUCACAGUAAAAGCUACCCCUCCAUCGAUUCUCAUCUUCUUCUGUGACUAAAGAGUAUAUGUUUAUUCCUAUAUAUCCCAGCUUUCCUGAGUUUUAACCAAAUACAUACCCAGAAUAUUUCCUUUUCCUUUUUUUUUUUUUUGACUCUUGGGUUCAUGUUCUUCUUUGUUGGGUUUCAUUUUAUGCCUUCGUUAGAUAAACUGGGGACUCUUUUGCAUAAUCCAAAUUGCAAACCGCGGCAAAAAGACGAAUUAAGAUCGGAUGGAAGAGCAAAGUGCCUUUCGACCCUGGGAUGAACUAAUUCCUGAUGCAUUGGGGAUAAUUUUCAGCAAUCUGUCCCUACAAGAGGUACUAACAGUCAUUCCCUGUGUCUGCAAAUCCUGGAGAAAGGCAGUGACAGGUCCCUAUUGUUGGCAAGAGAUAGACAUUGAAGAAUGGAGCAAUCGAUGCGAGCCCAAACAUCUUGAUCAGAUGCUUCAAAUGCUGAUCACAAGAAGCAGUGGAUCGCUCCGCAAGUUAUGUGUUUCAGGCCUUCAGAAUGAUACCAUUUUCUCGUUCAUCACAGAGAAUGCUGGUUCCCUUCGGGCUUUGCGACUGCCGAGAAGUGAAAUUAGUGAUUCAAUAGUUGAACAAACUGCUGGAAGGCUUUCCACAAUCACUUUUUUGGAUUUGAGUUACUGUCGCAAAAUUGGUGCCCAUGCUUUGGAGGCUAUUGGAAAGCGCUGUAAACUGCUUGUUAGUCUGUGCCGUAACAUGCACCCACUGGAUGCAGCAGGCAAGCUCUCGCAGGAUGAUGAGGCAAAUGCCAUAGCUGCUACGAUGCCUAUGCUCAAACACCUUGAGAUGGCUUAUCAUCUUAUUAGCACCGGAAGUGUUCUGAACAUCCUUUCUAGCUGUCCGCAGCUUGAAUUUUUGGAUUUAAGAGGUUGCUGGGAUGUGAAACUUGAUAAUCAGUUCAUGAAGGAAAAGUUCCCAAAAUUGAAGGUUUUGGGGCCCCUCGUCAUGGACUGCUAUGAGAUGGAUGAAUGGGAUGAAUGCUCAGACUACUCUGAUAGUACGGAGUAUUUGGCCUGGGAGUUCGAAAUGGAUGACUAUGAUGAUUAUGAUAUUUACGAUGGAGUGUGGCACCAUGAGGGGAGAAUGGAGGAACUUGAACUGAGGUUCUAUGAAGGAAUUGGUGAGGAUGCUGGAAUGUUUGGUUGGCCUUUAUCCCCUUAGGUUCUUCUUUUGGUUCCAUGCUGCCUCUCUUUUCUAGUGCAUAGAUAUGGAUGCUUCUAAAUAUGAAACCGUAUGUUUCUAUUAAAAUAUAUCUUAUGUGUCAUUGUGAACUUUGAA